AAAAAAGAGCAGAAAUGAAAUGAAACGUGCCAUUUUUAAUAGUUCGUUCGACUGAGCCCCAAUAAUAACAGAUUAAAUACAUUUUUUAAUUCAUUUCACCGAUAAUAAAAUGAAUCUUUUGCCAUUACUAAUUAGUUGUUUGCAAAUAUUACCGUCGUUAACCAACCCGAAUGAGGAUAUGUGCCCUAGAGAGAUCCCAAUCCACUUAACGAAAAAACAGAGAGAACAACUACAACAAGAUUUCAUGGCGAUGCUUGGCGUUUCGAAAAGACCAAGCUUCAAUCCGGAAAUUAUAAAUAGAUCCAGUUCAAAGUUUCUUCUUGACGUGUACAAAUUUUUAAAACAAGAGGUAACUAGCAAAAGGGUCAAAAGAGCUGCUUUAUAUUUCGGCGAGGAAAUCCUCAACAAAGUUCAAACCAGCGACCUUAUAGUUUCAUUAAACAUUCUGAAGCUCACAUCAAAAGGCAAGUAUCACAAACUGGCCUUUCCAUUGAAGAACUUCCCGGAGUCUGAAUCCCUGAUCGAUGCAGAACUGAGACUGUAUCAAGAGGAAUCGACUCAAUACUAUGGAUCACGUUCAAUGUACAAAAUAUCCCUAUAUACACCUAUCGAGACCAAGAGUGGACCAAUCAAGUUGAAAAAGGUUGGAGAAAAACUAACUACAGCAGAAUAUGUUGGAUGGCUGUCGAUAGACAUUUCAUACCUAUUCCGCCUGUGGUUAAAGUCCGGUAGAUCUCUAGAAGAAAUAUAUCUUUCAGUAUCUCCCUACGCAUCUUCCCAGAAGGAUGAGGGAUCCCAUUUUACAUCUUUAGAAACUCUUGGUUUGAUUCUUCAGUCCUCUACAAGUCAGAAUCUGCCUUAUAUCAUUUCUUUCUUGAAAAAUGAUAAUAAGUUGUUCCAGAUUAACCUGAGGCCGCCCAGAGACACCUCGGGUUUCGAGAUGUUCGAAUUUAUGGAAGACCUGGAGGCAGACACUGGGUGCAGCAUGUACCCUUAUAAAAUCUCUUUCAGAGAACUUAUGUGGGACGACUUCAUCAUUGCACCGGCAGGAUAUACAUCAGCAUUUUGCAGAGGAAGGUGCAGCUUUCCGUUGAAAAGGCCUAUUUCAGCCACCAACCAUGCCUUGGUGCAGAGUUUAGUAUUCCUGAAAAAUGAAGAGGAUGUCCCUGAACCCGUUUGCGCUGCAAAGCAACUGGACCCACUGAACAUCCUCUAUAAAGACGAGGAAUACACAAUUUUAAAAAAAUACAGGGAUAUGGUUGUCACUGAAUGUGCGUGCCAAUAAAUUAUGUUUGUAUUUUUGUAACAUAUACACGGAUAUUGUAAUAAUAUAUUUGUAUUUUUGUACUAUGUUUAUGUAAUGAAAUUGACGCAUAUAUUAUGUCCAAAUUAUAAUAAAAACUUUGAAUUUUUA